AUGCCAAGGAGGAGAUCUUGGAGGCGGACAGGCGGGACAUCGAGGCUGUGCCGUCUUCAUCGACGAGUGCGCCGUCGAGAAGAAGGCAGUCAACGUCGUUGUCGACUCGAAGAUGACCUACACCGCUGCUUGCAACGCCGCCGAGACGCUCCUCAUCCACGACUCGCUCCUCUCUUCUUUGUGGCCUCGGUUAGCGUCCGCCCUCCUCGACGCCAACAUCCAGCUUCGCUGCGACCCGUCCACCCUCUCCGCCCUCUCCUCAUCCAUUUCCUUCCACUCCUCCUUGUCGACUCUCGCCAAGCCCUCGACGGAGCGAAGACUACGAGCCCGUGCUCGCAGUCCGAAGGCGUAGUCGGACCCAAAGCAUGCGCCGCGGCCUCUGAGAAAGGGGCGCAGCGGUCGCCGAAGGAGCAUCAGGAGAAAGCUGGACGAGACGAGAAAGGGUGGGCGCUUGAGAACCAGUACCGCGUGUGGAGGGCGAAGCCGCGUCCCGCUCACAAGCGUCGACUCUUCGAUCCACCCCGUUUCACACCGGCGAGCCCAUCUCUAUCCCCUUCUGCCUCUCCGCCUUCGUCCCGACCGACCUCGGUCAUCUUUGCCGGCAUGCUCGCGCCCAAUCCUUCCCUCAAAUCGGUCAUCUUCUGGCAGUGGGCUAACCAGUCGCUGAACGUCUGCGUGAACUAUUCGAACGCGAACAAGUCGAUCAAGAUGUCGACAAGCGAGAUUGCCUCCGCCUACGCCGCCGCAACCGUUGCCUCGUGCUCCAUCGCCGUCGGCCUCCCCCAACUCGUCCCCCGACUACGCGUUUCCCCCUCCGCCCGCGCUCUCCUCUCCAAACUCGUCCCUUUCGCCGCCGUCGCAAGCGCCGGAUGUGUCAAUAUCGGCUUGAUGCGGUGGAAGGAGAUGCGUGACGGUAUCUCGGUCUUCAAGCCCUCCGACCCGAAGACUGGCCGGCCUUCGAGCGAGGAGUUGGGCAAGUCCAGCAUCGCCGGAGCGUACGCCGUCGGGCAGACCGCAGCGAGACGCGUCUUGACCAACAUAACGCGGCAUCCUCAUCCUCCCGCCCAUCAUCAUGACGCUCCUCGAGAACGCGGCAUUUUCAACCGCCCGAAUGGCCGCCGGCUUAACACCGUCACGCACAUCGGCUUGAUCGGCCUCUCCAUCCUCGUCUUCCUCCCGCCCGCCAUCGCUGCUUUCCCCUCUCGCGCGAGCAUCUCGCCCAAGAAGUUGGAGGAGCGGUUCCACGAGGUGCUGUUCGAGGAGGUGGAGUUUAACAAGGGGUUGUAG